CUCUCCUCCAGUCUGCGCAUCGGCCUGAUCCCCAUCGCCAUCUUUGCGACUCUCUCCGUGGCCAGCACCUCUGCUCUCAUCAUCUUCAUCACCUUGAGAAUCGUCACCUGGCGCCGAUACUGUAACAAAGUCAUCGGCAUCGGCUACAACCAAUACAUCGUCCUGGUCCUCAAUCUCCUCAUCGCGGACCUCCAGCAGGGUGCAUCUUUCCUCAUCAGCUGGCAUUGGUACCGCAAAGGCCACAUCCUGGCGCCAUCCCCGGCCUGCUUUGCCCAAGGUUGGCUGCUACAAUCUGGAGAUGUCAGCAGUGGCUUCUUCGUCCUGGCGAUCGCUCUCCACACCUACUACACCGCAGCAUUGGGCAUGCGGAUCAGCAGCAAGGUCUUUGCUGGACUGAUCGCCGGAGUGUGGGUGCUGACGCUCUUCUUGACGUUCAUCGGCAUCGCCCUUCAUCGGGAGACGUACUUUGUUCGAGCCGGAGCCUGGUGUUGGGUGUCUUCGGCAUAUGAGCAUGAACGACUCUGGUGUCAUUACGUCUGGGUCUUUGCGAUCGAGUUCGGAACCAUUCUCAUCUACCUCACCACGUUCUACGCCCUCCGCAAGAAGACACAGAGCGUGACGGUCAACGGCGAACUUCCUCCCAACAGCUCAAACGCCAGGACUGUCAAAGCACUUAAUCGCAUCACCAUGAAUAUGGUCCUCUACCCAUUUGCCUACGUGCUUCUCACCCUUCCUCUUUCCGCUGGACGGAUGUGGUCCAUGUCACGGAAUGGUCAGAACCCAAGUGAUCUCUUCCUGGUCAUCGCCGGCUCGCUCAUGACGUCUUGCGGCUGGGUCGACUCGCUGCUCUACACACUCACCCGCGAAAAGCUCCUCAGCGACACAAUGCCC